AUGUUGAAAAGAGAAGCUCUUUCUCCAUAUACUGUUCUUCUGGACGUUGCUUCUACGCCCGAGCUGCCCUCAACGGUGAAUUUACAUGCUCAUAAACGUCACCUACUUCGUGAUCGUGUUCCUGCUCAUUCUCCUAAUAAUUAUGGUCGCUUUGUGAUUUCUACUCCCCCUUCAAGCUCUCGUAUUUCCAAAUCUUUCAUGAAAAGGAGUGAUUUAGUUCCAGCUAGUGCCAGCCUUCCAUCACCUUCACAUCUUUCAGAGACUGCACCAGUCCAAUCCAAGCCUCAUACUAUACCUGCUGGUUUAGCUCAGCCGCCACUGUCCUCGGGCAUCUCUAAUUGUUGUGCACCAAACAUGGUGCUCAAACGUGGGAGCCAUGGCUGUCACUGUGCAUAUCCAAUAAGGCUUGAAAUUCUGCUUCUGAAUGUCUCUUCUAAUCCGAACUGGAAUCAUUUUCUGGACCAAUUUGCUUCCAAGUUGCAUUUGCAAGUGUCGCAGAUUGAACUCAUUAACUUUUAUAUGGUCAAUAUAUCUGGACUUAAUAUAUCAAUGGACAUUACUCCACAUACGGGUAUAAGUUUUUCCUCCAGUGAAGUUGCCAUGAUAAACUCUUCCCUGUCGAUGCGCAAGGUCUAUCUGGAUCCUGCUUUAGUGGGUGACUACAAGCUUCUCAACAUAACCUGGUUUAGACCACCAGCACUGCCUCAAGCUCCAUCAUCUGCUAAAUCUCCAGCAGAAAAACCGCCAAGUUUUCCAUCUACAUCUGGAGCAUUUGUAACUUCAAAAAAAGUCCGGCGGCCAAGUAUAGUUGUUGUCAUUGGACUUGGAGCCUUGAUCCUGCUAGUUGUUGUCAUGUCUGUGGUUAUAAUUUGUUUCUGUGUAUGUCGUCAAGGGAAGCAUUCUGAACCUUUCAAAGAAACUGCCAAACAGAGGAGUGUGGAGGCAAUUCCAGCAGUAGGGUCGCUUCGCCAUCCAUCCAGUACAAGAUUCCUCACAUAUGACGAACUAAAAGAGGCUACAAAUAAUUUUGAGUCGACUAGUGUUCUUGGAGAGGGUGGCUUUGGGAGAGUAUUCAAGGGUGUCCUAAGUGAUGGAACUGCUGUUGCUAUAAAAAGGCUUAGCAGUGGAGGACAACAAGGGGAUAAAGAAUUUUUGGUUGAGGUUGAGAUGCUAAGUAGGCUGCAUCACCGGAACCUGGUGAAACUUGUUGGAUACUUCAGUAAUCGUGACUCCUCACAGAACCUACUCUGUUACGAGCUUGUUCCAAAUGGAAGUUUGGAAUCCUGGCUCCAUGGGCCCUUGGGACUAAACUGCCCGCUUGACUGGGACACCAGAAUGAAAAUUGCUCUUGAUGCUGCACGUGGGCUCGCAUACUUGCAUGAGGACUCUCAACCUUGUGUCAUUCAUAGGGAUUUUAAGGCAUCAAAUAUAUUGCUCGAGAACAACUUUCAUGCUAAAGUUUCCGAUUUCGGCCUUGCUAAGCAGGCCCCUGAAGGCAGGACAAAUUAUCUCUCCACCCGUGUUAUGGGGACUUUCGGAUAUGUUGCCCCUGAGUAUGCCAUGACUGGGCACCUGUUGGUGAAGAGUGAUGUUUACAGUUACGGAGUGGUUCUUCUCGAGUUGUUGACAGGAAGAAAGCCAGUAGACAUGUCACAACCAUCAGGCCAAGAGAACCUUGUUACAUGGGCUAGGCCAAUACUACGAGAAAAGGACCGAUUGGAAGAACUAGCUGACCCAAGGCUGGACGGGAAGUAUCCAAAGGAAGACUUUUUUCGCGUUUGCACGAUUGCAGCCGCAUGUGUAGCCCCAGAUGCCAACCAGCGGCCUACUAUGGGAGAAGUUGUUCAGUCGCUCAAAAUGGUGCAACGCAUCACAGAGUAUCAAGAUCCCAACGUACCUUCCAACUCUGCACCCAACAACCUUAGGCAGUCAUCCACGACCUUCGAGUCCGACAGAACAUCGUCAAUUUUUUCUUCUGGUCCAUACUCGGGUUUUAGCGCGUUAGAUAAUGAAAACAUUUCUAGGACGGUUGUAUUUUCGGAGGAUCUUCAUGAGGGAAGAUGA